AUGCAAAAUUUCCUAUACCUUGCCAUCGCACUCCGGGUUCCUGUAGAUGUUGAAAAUUUAGAGGGCUAUGUGCCUGGUGGAUAUCACCCAGCUCUUAUCGGAGAUACCUUUUCUAGUGGCCGCUAUAACAUCGUUCAUAAGCUUGGGUUUGGUGGAUAUUCAACAAUUUGGCUUGCCUGGGAUACGAAACGCCUGCGCUAUGUAGCGUUGAAGAUACUGACUGCGUGGUCCUCGCCAGACAGCCAUGAGGGGGAUUGCUUAGUCGGAGAGCCUGCUGGUGGUAGUAUUGCUACAUCUAAGGAGAAUAGCACAAACUUGAUGUUUCCCCUGGAGGCUGCUAGAUCUACCGCUGCCCAGCUUCUUUUAGGCCUUUCCCACUUGCAUGCAAACGAUAUCUGCCAUGGAGACUUAGAUGGUCCAAGCAUACAUGAGCUAUACCAGCGCUUUGGUAAACCAUUUGAGGUUCCUAUCCAUCGAGUGGACGGAAAGCCUAGCGAACCUCACGUACCGCCCCAUGCUAUAUAUCCAUGA